UCUUCCUCCCACGUUUCCAUCAGUAGAGAGAGAUCGAGAGAGAGAGAGAGAGAGAUGUCGAUACUGUGGGAGAAGAGCGAGACAUGGAGGUGGAUAGUCCGCAAGACACGGGACUCGAAGCCCUUCUUCAUAGGGUUCGCGACGCUGUGUGGAGUCGUCCCAGGCGUGAUCGGCUACUGCGUGAUGCAGGCCACCAACUCCCGCAACGAGCAGCUUGAAGCUCAGCUUCGCAAGUCCGCCAGACCAGAAUCUUUGAUGAUGGGACAAGUCAAUCGGGAGAGACUCGCUGAAUAUCUUGGGGAGUUGCAGCGGAAGGAGGACACGAAUGAUCGAUAUGUAGCUGCUUUAAGAGGAGAGACUUUGACAAGAAACCCUUAUGUAAGGAUUCAGCCGAUACCCAAGCAAACUGCCGAUGCUGACAAGGAAAAGAAUGCUGAGAAGGAAAAGAAAUAAGUAGGCCAACAAGUUGUGAAUGUUUUAUUGGAAGGUUUGUGUUUCGUGAAACCAAUGAAACAUCUCAAAAUCAUAUUGUAUACUUGGUGUGACUCUUUUCUUUGUGGAUUUUGGGUGUUACUAUUGUUUUGGAAGAAAACAUUCAUGUGCCUUCUUUCAUCACAUGCAUCUGGAAAAAAACAACUAGGCUAUGUUUGCAUCUUAAUGCUUUGAGACCUUUCUUGGGUAGGCCUUUUUUAGUAUUAAAAGUUUUAUGAUUCUCGUCCUUAUUAUUUUGGAUCUUGGUUAUUUUUAUCAAGAAACAUUAUGGCUGCA